CUGGAGAUGCCCAGGCUCAGGAGACUCUCCGUGUGUUUUAUCCUCAACAAUAUGACGCGAAUGCUUUAGAAAACAGCUUGUUACUCGAGGCGAAAUGCGCACACCGAGUCGCUUUGGCUGUGAAACCGUGACAAGAUGAAGCGACGCGGAGAUGCUAGGGUACAUGUGUGCAGCAGCGCGAGCUAGCUGGAGCUAACUGUGCUAGCUGUGCUAAUAUGAGUAGUGACAGCUACGAGGGGGGAAGGUGCUGAAAAAGAGGAGAGAGUGAAGAUGGUCACAGCCGGCUGAGGUUCACCCACUGACCCCGAUCCAGGCUGAAAGAAGCAGGAGCUAUGAAGGAGCAGGAGGGCAGAGCAGACCGUGGAGGUGCAGCUCUGUUCGAGGACCUGGACUUCCCCGCCGAGGACACGUCCCUGUUCCUAGACAGCUCCACGCCCAUCGCCAGGCUGCAGGGAGACGUCAGCUGGCGACGCCCGCAGGAGAUCUGCCAGUCGCCAGCGCUCUUCCCCAGCGACAUCAGCAUAGGUCAUGCGAAACAAGGCUUAUUAGGAGACUGCUGGUUUCUCUGUGCGUGCACCUCCCUGCUCAAGAACAAACAGCUUUUAAACAAGGUGUUGCCUCCAGACCAGCCUCAGUGGGGUGACAGCAGGUACACAGGCUCUUUUCAGUUUCGCUUUUGGCAGCAGGGACACUGGACAGAGGUGACCAUUGAUGACCGCCUGCCGUGUAUUAAUUCUGCUCUCUGCUUCUCACGCUGCCACUCCCCCACUGCCUUCUGGGUAGCUCUAUUGGAGAAGGCCUAUGCCAAGCUUCAUGGUUCAUAUGAACAGCUGUGGGCGGGCCAGGUGUCUGAGGCCCUGGUGGAUUUGACUGGCGGCCUAGCUGAGCACUGGAGCCUGGGAGACUCUGGUUCAGAGGAGGAUCAGCAAACCGAGCAGGACAGUGACCAGGUCAGAAGGAGAAGGCUGGACCUGAACCUUCUGUUCCCCGUGAAGGAUGACUGUGCACUCAGCUGCUCGACUCACAGCACCCCCAGAGGAGUCAGCGAGCCUGAUCAGUACCAUGCUAUGACUGUCAUGGAGUGGCUGGAUGUAAAGAAGGUGUCAGGGGGGGAAGUACGGCUUCUCAGGAUCAGAAACCCCUGGGGGAGAUGCUGCUGGGGAGGGGCCUGGAUGUGGAGUGGUGCAGGUUGGAGUUCUGUUCACCCUGAUUGUGCCUCAGACCUACAAGCCAGGGUGGCAGAGGGCGAGUUCUGGUUGGAUGAAGCCGAAUUUAUGUCCCAUUUUGACGAUGUCACGGUGGGAUAUCCCAUCAGCGAAGAAGGACACUUGAAAAGCAUUUAUACUGGAAAUCUGCUCACACACAAUCAUCAGCUGGCCGGCCGGUGGAUAAAAGGGCACUCUGCUGGCGGUAGCCGAAACAGCAGCAGCUACAGCAGCAACCCAAAGUUCUGGCUCAAGGUUUGUGAGAGAGGAGAGGUACUGGUAUCGCUGCUGCAGCAUCGAAAAUGGAGAAACACAGAGACUUAUGCACAAACACCACUGGAGGACAGCAAGAACACAAAGCACCAGCACUACCAGGCUAUCGCUCUACACAUGUGGAAGGUGGAAAAGAAGCGUUUUAAUCUGAGCCGGAUGUUGAACAAACCUCCCUGUGCUUCAUCUCACUGCCAUGCCUAUGAGAGAGAGGUGGUUCUCUGCAGGCAUCUGGAGCCCGGAUACUACCUUCUGAUCCCCAGCACCUACCAGCCAGGAGCCGAGGCCCGCUUUCUCAUCAGGGUCUUUUCCUCCUCCUCCACAUCCCUCAGUGCCCUGAAAAGCCCAGCGCCCUCACUGCCCUUAACCACAGAUGGCGAGUGGGAGACCACUUACUUCCGCGGCUCGUGGGUGGAGGGAAGGACGGCCGGAGGAAGCAGGAACUUUCUGUCUCACCGGCAGAACCCCUGCUUCCCUUUUACAGUGUGUGACGACCCAGCGAUGACAUCAGGAGUUAAUGUCAGGAUUACCCUGCAGCAGAGCCGCCCCGACACUGACCUGCACCCCAUUGGCUUUCACAUUUAUAAGGUACGAGAAGGGGUAUCUGAGCAGACGAUGGCCAGGGAUGAGGAUCCUGUGGCCAGUUGCAUCCCUCACUGUUACACGCAGGACGUCAGUUUGGCCUGCUCUCUCCCUCCUGGAGCUUACACCAUCGUGCCAUCCACUUAUCAGCCCGACUGCUGUGCAAACUUCACCCUCAGCCUGGCGCGCAGAAUACACAGGAAAGUGGUGCAAAGCCAGGAAAGGCUCGGGAAAGCCAUCCAGGAGGUCUCUCACAUCUCUGUGAUGCGGAGUUAGUUCUCUGGGACUGUUGCUGCUCCACUGACGUUGACUCACCUCGCAGUGCCUCUUGGCCCACGAUGAAAGAACCAGCUCUACCAUCUACCCUCGCCACAGAGGACGUGUGUGUGUGUGUGUGUGUUUGUGUGUGUGUGUGCAUAUAUGUACCAUGAGUGGCUGAGAAGGCAGGCAGAUUUAGUGGGAAUCCCAGAAACCCCUUUAUCCUGAACCGCUGAGGCUCUGGGCUGAUGGGCAGCUACACACUCAUCGGCGAUUAGGACAUCAGAGGUUGUCGGUGGGCUGGGCUGCUAAUGAAGUAUGACGGGACUGGCUGGUGUAAACAAACAGCCGCCACUGAAGAAGGCCGCCGCUGCUCUCGCUCAUUCACUCACUGGUGCGCCUGCCGGCCUGGAACAAAGAGCCCUCUCAUGAAGGUCCUCACAGAGGCAUAGGGGGCAAGGGGCGAGGGGAUGGUCUGCCACAGCAGAGCCAACCAAACCACACCACACCAUACCGUGCCAUACCAUCCCAGAGCUUUCCUCCCAUCCCUCACCCCCAGACACUCUGCUUCUUAUCUAGCCUGCAUUGUCUGCUCCUAGACACAAACACGGGGUUGUCACAGUCCUUCGUCCACCAACCUGCCCACCAAACACUUAACAUCGGGCUGGACCAAAAGAAGUCCGCUCCGUUCCUAACUCCCAUCCUCACCCUCCAGCAACCCCCUUCUGUACCCCCAGACUCGGUCCACGGCUCUGCUCGGACCUGAACAGAGCCGCCGUUUGAAGUCGCCGCAAGAACAGAUGACAAGCGGAGGGACGGAAGGGAUGAAACGAGGGACACGGCACAUCAGAGGAAGACGGUUCAUAUGAAGAAGCCGCCGGUCCUCUUUGUGUUGAGGCUGCGCAUGUGUGGUGCUGUGUGUGUGUCUGGCUGCUGGUACGUGUCUGUGUGUGCUGAGGGUUUCUGAUUAUUCACCACAGCUAACAGAGUUUUACAAAGCUAUAAUUAACUGAUCCGAAUGGGACUGUGUUGUGUAUUUAUUAUGAUUGGAAAUCGUGAGAUGUGAUGAAUAAAGUAUUCAGAAAUAA